GUUUCGCGGCGCAGUGUGUCGUCGCUGGUUAGGAGGUUGAGCUCGAAGCGGUCAGACAGUGACGGAUGAAGAGACGGAGAGGGAUGUCACAAUGGGAGAACAAGCGGUAAUACAAAGUAACAACGCUCGCACACAGUGUUUGUCCACGGCUGUUUAAGCAUGUUCACAGAUGACAGCAUCUCUGAGGACGUGUCCAGCUCUGUCGCCUUGAGCCACGAUCAGAUCAGUGCCAAUGGCGGGAAGGAGAGCGAGGCGUCCAUCGUCUCCUCUGAGGACAAUGUAUCAGGUCUCCCCGAAGAGGAGUGCUCCGCGUCCCAUCCCGAGGGCUUCCUUCAGACCACAGAAGGGGACAACAGACCCUCCACCACACCAGCAUGCAACAUUUCUAACAAAAUAAGGAAUCUGUGUCUUCGCACCGAGGAGGAGUUCAGCUCAGGGAGAAGUUUGCCCUUCAUCAACCCCAGCUCCAUAGAGACGCUCCGAGCCCUGGUCCAGGAGAUCCAGAGCAGCGGCGAGACCGACCCUGAGAUCUGGAAGAACUGUGAGGGCCGGUGGCUUCAUCUCUUUCAGUUAGUGGAAAAGCAAUAUCAAGAGCAAAUCCUUGCUCAGGAGGAGCAGUACCAGUGCCAAAUACAGCUCAUACAGGAUGAAAUUAAGGCUCUAGUGCAGUUACAAAACCGCCAAAUCAGCACACAGACUCACUCUCUGGAGCCCAGUAAGAACCCUAAGCCUCUAGAGGACCCGGUGGAGAACACCUUCAUGUUGUCAGGUCCAGGACCUCUGUCACCCCCCCAGCUCACCGUUCACCCUCAGGAGAGAUCAGAGGAGGGGAUGGUUACUGUCCUGAGCAGUGGAUACGGGACUCUUUCCACCUGGGAACAUGGGUUAGGAGCCUGGCGGCCCAGUUCUACAGAGGGGAGAGACGAGGUGCUGUGGUCCCCGAACCAGCCGGAUGGGAGUUUUACACCAUCACCUAUACCUCUCACAAGCCCUCUGGGCCAAAACCCUCUGAGCAGAGCCAAUGACGAGCUCCAGACGACUGGGACGGUUGCACUCGAUGUGCCGACUGAUCAGAGACUAACAAGUCAACCUCUGACCUCCUGGGCCCAAAGGCAAAGACACAGACAGAGAAAGAGCCGAACAACACCAAACCGGACGUCAUAUGUGGAGGAGCGGGACAGGAGCACGGCAGGAGCAGGAUCUCUUAAGGAGCACAGUGAUCACUUACCUGAUCGUGGAUGCAGCACAGCCUCCACACAUCCAUUGCCUUUAAAGAGAAGUGACAGUCUGGUGUCUGAAGCCUCAGGCCUGUCUUACUGGAAACUGGAUGAGAGGGAGUUAUACCGCCCUCUACCUGACAACUUUGAAAGUGCGUCCUUCUUCCUAAUGCAGACUCCAGAUGAGAACCGUCUGUCCCUGCGGGAGAUCUACCAGAGCAGGAGAGCAGACCCCAGAGGCCAGGAAUGGGACUCCUUAAUCAACUCAUCCGCCUCGUCUCCUCAGGUGUUGACUGUGGACUCCACCGUGCAUGUGAAGCAGGAUCGCACGUCAGAUCGCACGUCAGGCUUCACGUCGCCGUCCCACUUCAGCAGUCCGUCAGCACAGGUCCGGGCCUGUCCCAGGAGCAGUGGAGCGCCCAUCAGUCCCGACUCCAUGGCCCUGCGCAGCCACAGUGACAGCGACUGCAUGUCUAAUGCCAGCAGUCUGUCUGCACAGCAGGGGCCUGACCGUGCAAACCAGGCCAACAGUGAGGAUGAGGGCAGCCACACUGCCACGGUCACCGUUCAGCCCAGAGGACCGUCUGCUCCGGACAUGUUCAGGCCCAACAGAAGCAGCGCAGAGACAGGCGGUGGGAAACCGGAGCGGGUGACCUCACUAGAGGACCCAGUUGUUCUCUCACUACUGAGACAAAAGCUGAGAGAGAAACAUGCCCGUCACAUAACGGAUCUCCGAGCGUACUACGAGGCUGAGAUCAGUGCGCUGAAGGAGAAACUGGAUCUGGUGAAUCUGCCUCUUGACAUGGAGAAAAGCAAUCAGAUCUUGCUUGAGAGAUGUCAACACCUGGAACGAGCGUUAACAGAGGCGGGCACACGCAUCCGAGAGCUGGAGAACACAAACCACCUGUUGGAGAGACAGCUGGCUGAAUGGCCAGAGAGAUACAACACGGCCAGCGCCACAGUCCAGGCCCUGCAGCAGAGGUUAGAAGAGGCCAAACACAGCAGCCGUGAGAAAGACACCACCGUGUCCAAACUGAAGAACCACCUGUGUCAGCUGGAGGAGGCCGUGCAGAACGCCUUUAAGGAGGUGGAUGAGAAAGAGGCACGGAUGAAGAACGAACACAAGAUGCUACAGGAUCUCCUCCACGAGUAUGAUUCACUGAGAAGGGAGCAUGAAGGAGCAAAGGACAAGUUGGUCUCCGCUGAAAAUAAGCUAUUUGAUGCCAAUGAACAAAUAUCUGAAUUGAAAAGGUUCAUCUCUAAGCUAGAAACUCAAAUCAGACAGCUACAGCAUGAAAAUCUGGCUAAAACACGUCAAUCUCUCCACAGAGACUCGCAACCAUCUGGAGCAGGUUUGUUCCACUAUCCUGAUCUUCUGCCUUCGCCGAGUAAAAGGCAGCGAGAUGUAGAUGUGGGUUUGAGGAGCUGCGCUGGUCUCAGGGGUGAACAGACAUCUGGUCCAUCCUCUGACCGAACAGCUCGAGGAUGGCUGUCUCCACCAGAGAGAGAACAGACUCAGGGUCACUCUGAAGAGCCAAAGAAGACGUCCAUGAAGGCCAUGAUCCAGAUGGAGGACACCAAAGCCACUGAGGGCCGUGCGCUGUCCACGAACAGCUGCAGUUCCUCCAGGUUGGCGAGAAGGAGGCCUACAGUGGCUUUUGUGGAGAGCUCUGUGAGGGACGCGGUGGAGGAGUGGAGCGGUGCCGUGCUCAGGGCCCAGAGGAGUCUCUCUCCAGAGGGUCACAGGUCAUCAUCUGUGCCCCCCAGAACACAGACAGCCGUUCCUCCCACCACACCCACAAAGAGGGACACGUUACUCACACCUCUCUCAGCCAAGUCCAGUCCGAAGCGCUGCCCGACCGAGAACUUCUCCACCGCGUUGGGUCACUCUCUUCCAUCCCAAGAGUACCUGCAGAGCAGGUUUGAUGUAGCUUUUGAUCGAAAUGGCAUCAGCUCCUCUCUACCGUCCCAUCCGAGUCCAAGGAAGAGGUUACAGUUUAAGUCUUCUGAGAGACUGGAAGUGUACCCUCAGUCCAGCGUGGGCUCGUCUGAUCCUGCGGAGAGCAGUGAGUCCGAGGAGCCUGUGGUCAGACAAAGCUGGGAGGAACAGGAAGACGCCAGUGAAGAGACGUCCCUCUCCUGUCUGCCUCGUAUUCAGUCGCUGGCUGACACCGAGCGCCUCUUUGAUGAGCUCACACAGGAAAAGCAGCAGAUUGAGGCAGCACUGAGCCGGAUUCCAGGAACUGGGGCCCGAGUCACAUUGCAGACCAGGCAAGACGAGGUGUCACUGGAGAAUCGCCUCGAAAUGGUGAACCGCGACCUCGGGUUCAUCCGCAUGACUCUGAAGCGAUUCAACAUCCUGCGAUCUUCUGCCAACAUCUAGCCAAAGCCUGCUGUGAACCAUCAUGAAAUAUGAAAUUAUAAUAUUAUAGUAUAUUAUAUUAUCACAAAGGAAUGAUUGUUCCACUGUACAGACUCCGAUAUGUACAUUUUCAGUAAAUAUUUCUACUUUUAUUACUGUAGGAUCUAUUUUGUAUGUUUUAUUACAUGGUGAACAUCCUAUAAAGUAUAUUUUAAUAAUGCCUAGAUUUGUAAAAACAUAACUUUUUUUAAUGCCACAGAAAUAUGGAAAAUUGAAUGCUUGACUAUAUUUUUUAUUUGAUUUGUUUGCUGCUGAUUUAAGUGAAUGGCAACAAUCCAGUCCUGCAGGGCAGCUCAUUUGCAUAUGUUUUCAUUCCACUGUGUGUCUUAAAACUCUUUAUUUAAAAAGGUUUAUAAUUUGCUCAAAUAGCAGGCUUUCACUGUUUUUGGCAUGCUCAUUAAUUUAUGCAAAAACAUAGCCUGUGCCAUACGCGAGCAGAGAAUGAUAGCAUAUAUCUGAUAAGAAGAUGAGUGGAGUUAAGUUGUCGAAAUCAUCUCAUGCAAAGAACACAAACCCAAACCAGCACCGAGUGUUUACACAUGUUUAUCAAAGCUAGACCUCUGACAUUUUCCAGUGCAGCACAGGAUGUACUGCUUACUUUGAUGCAUGAAAUUUUAAAUAUGCUCUUCUCUGCUUUUCCAUUGUUAGCUGUUGACUGUUCAUCUUUUUCCUGUAGCUCAUGGAAUCGGUUUAACUGUUGCACAAAAAUGUUCCACAAUUAAAAAUGCAUACGGAA